AUGCCAAGAGUGCGCUGGCCUGGCUGGCCUUCCAAAUUCUCAAGAUGCAGACGAAGAUGUUGCUCAAAGGGCUGGCUGGUCGAUGCUAAAGAGGCAAAGUGCAAUGCUGCGGGAGAAGGGCGAUUUCUCCGGAGCUGCAGCGCUCUUGACCUGGAAAGAGCCGAGGAGCACCUGACGGAGGCACUGAGGAUGAGGAAGUCCGUCAAUGAUGGUGCCCUCCUUGUGAGCGUUGCAUCCACUUUGCAUGAGCUGGGCGUGUUGCUGUUCCAGAAAGGAGACCUGGAGCAAGCCGAGGAGCACCUGAAGGAGGCACUGAGGAUGAUGAAGUCCGUCCAUGGUGAUGCCGACCAUGUGGAGGUUGCAAUCGCUUUGCAUGAGCUGGGCUGGCUGCUGAAGCAGAAAGGAGACCUGCAGCAAGCCGAGGCGCACCUGAAGGAGGCACUGAGGAUGAGGAAGUCCGUCUAUGCUGGUGCCGACCACGUGAACGUUGCCGUCACUUUGCAAGAGCUGGGCUGGCUGCUGAAGCAGAAAGGAGACCUGGAGCAAGCCGAAGAGCACCUGAAGGAGGCGCUGAGGAUGAUGAAGUCCGUCUAUGGUGGCGCCGACCAUGAUAACGUUGCAGCCACUUUGCAUGCGCUGGGCAUGUUGCUGCAGAAGAAGGGAGACCUGCAGCAAGCCGAGGAGCACCUGAAGGAGGCACUGAGGAUGAUGAUGUCCUUCCCUGCUGGUGCCGACCAUAUGAGCGUUGAAUCCACUUUGCAUGAGCUGUGCAUGUUGCUGCAGAAGAAAAAAGGUGAGGAGCCCCUAAAGGAAGAACUGAGGAUGAAGAAGUCCGUCUAUGGUGGUGCCGACCAUGCGAGCGUUGCAUCCACUUUGCAUGAGCUGGGCGUGUUGCUGUUCCAGAAAGGAGACCUGGAGCAAGCCGAGGCGCACCUGACGGAGGCACUGAGGAUGAAAAAGUCUGUCUAUGGUGGCGCCGGCUUAGACACUGUGUAUGCGCUUGGCAUGCUGCUGAAGCAGAAAGGCGACCUGGAGCAAGCCGAGGAGCACCUGAAGGAGGCACUGAGGAUGAUGAAGUCCGUCUAUGGUGGCGCCGACCAUGAGUUAGUAGCAGACGCUUUGCAUGCGCUUGGCAUGCUGCUGAAUCAGAAAGGCGACCUGAACCAAGCCGAGGAGCACCUGAAGGAGGCGCUGAGGAUCAAGAAGUCCGUCUAUGGGGGUGCCGACCUCGCGAACGUCGCAGUCACUUUGUAUGAGCUCGGCAUCGUGCUGAAGCAGAAAGGAGACCUGCAGCAAGCCGAGGAGCACCUGAAGGAGGCUUUGAGGAUGGAGAAGUCCGUUUUUGCUGGUGCCGACCAUGCGAACGUCGCCGUCACGUUGCAUCAGCUGGGCAGGUUGCGGAAGCAGAAAGGAGACCUGAACCAAGCUGAAGAGCACCUGAAGGAGGCUUUGAGGAUGAAGAAGUCCGUCUAUGGUGGUUGCGACCAUGUGGAGGUUGCAUGCAUUUUGCAUCAGUUGGGCAGGCUGCUGGAUCAGAAAGGCAACCUGAACCAAGCUGAGGAGCACCUGAAGGAGGCUUUGAGAAUGAAGAAGUCCGUCUAUGGUGGUUGCGACCACGUGAGCGUUGCCGUCACUUUGCUUGAUCUGGGUGUGGUGCUGAGGAGCAGUGGAAAACUGGAGCAGGCCCAGGAGCUCUUGAUAGAGGCAUUGAGGAUGAAGGCAUCUGUGAUGAGGACGCGGAGGUCUAUCCUUGACCACGAACACCAUGAACGCCUGGUAGCGGCUUUGAUCGAGCUGGGCGCUGUGCUGCUGCUGCGGCAGAGAUGGACAGCUGCCUGGAUGGCCGUGAUGGUCUUUCCAUUUUGCAUGGUCGGCGCCUCUUUCGCCACGCUCUUGCACUUCGCAGUUCAGCUCUUGCCGGGCUAG